AUGUCAUCCAAGCCAACAAGCCACGCUGAAGAAUACGGAGCCUUGCCCAGCCCUUACCCAUCGAGCAAUUUUAUGUCUCCUGGGUCUCAACAGCCUCUGGGUUUAGUAAACCCAAGAAAUCAAGGUCAAGGUGGUCAGCCUGUCUUCAUCACUUCUCCAGGAGUUCUUGCUGGCAGUCAGCUGGGUCAAGCCACUACACAAACCAUAAACCCAUCUACACAAACAGCAGCAAUAAACUUUAAAGAAGAAGCAAAGACAUUAGGGGCAAUCCAGAUCGUGAUUGGGCUGAUGCACAUUGGCUUUGGAAUUAUUUUGGGUUUACUAAGCUUCUCUAUUGGACAAAGCUUGGGUUUUGCCUCCACUGCUUUUCUUGGUGGAUAUCCAUUCUGGGGUGGCCUCUCUUUCAUUAUUUCUGGCUCUCUUUGUGUAUCAGCAUCCAAGGAGUUUUCUCUUUGUCUGAUAAAAGGCAGCCUGGGAAUGAAUAUUGUUAGUUCCAUCUUUGCCAUCAUUGGAGUGAUUCUGUUGGUGGUGGAUAUGAGCAUCAAUGGCACAUACUACCAAGUCUACUGGGCGGUGCUUUCUGGAAAAGGCAUUUCAGCCAUUUUGUUUCUUUUCUCCCUCUUGGAACUCUCCAUAGCCUGUACCACAGCCCAUUUUGCCAACCAAACUAUCACCAACACCAACACGGCUGUCCUCAUCGUUCCAAAUGCAUAUUCAAACAACCCCUUGCCACCAGAACUGGUUCCUCCCAGAAAUGUCGGCUACCCACCACAUCCUCCUGCAUAUUAA